AUCAUUUUUUCUUUUCUUUGAGGAAAAUCAUUCUUAAUUUCCAGAUAAGCAACCGUCCGAUACUUGACAGCUCCGUCGGUGGCUCAGCCGCUCCCACCGUAGCAAUGGAGGGGCUGGGCCUUAGCCGCGGCGGCAGCAAAUGGACAGCGGCGGCGGCGAGCGUAUGGAUCCAGAGCAGCUGCGGCGGGUCGUACGCCUUCGGCAUCUACUCCCCUGUCCUCAAGUCUUCCCAGUCUUACGACCAAUCCACUCUCGACACCGUCUCCGUCUUCAAGGACAUCGGCGCCAACGCCGGAAUUCUCUCCGGCCUCCUCUACUCCGCCGUCUCCAAUUCCAGACCUUCCCCUCGCAGAGGCGGCCCCUGGCUUGUCCACCUCGCCGGAGCCGCACAGUGCUUCGUCGGCUACUUCUUCAUGUACCUCGCCGUCGUCGGGGCCAUUCCGCGGCCGCCCGUGGCGGUUAUGUCCCUCUUCAUGUUCAUCGCCGCCCAUUCCCAGACCUUUUUCAACACCGCAAAUGUCGUUACCGCCGUUCUCAACUUCCCGGAUUACGGCGGCACCGUCGUCGGAAUCAUGAAGGGGUUUCUUGGAUUGAGUGGGGCAAUGCUGAUACAGCUGUACCAGACAUUGUUCAACAACAACAACCCGAGCGCAUUAAUUUUGAUGCUCGCGUUGUUGCCAACCGCGAUCACCCUCGCCCUCAUGUGUUCGGUCAAAGUCCACCGAACCUCAGCCACUUAUACCAAUGAUGACGACGAGAAGAAGCGCUUGAACACUUUCUUGAUUGUUUCAAUGGUCAUCGCGACCUAUCUUCUCUGUCUGAGAAUCUUGGAGGGCGCCUUCGUGUUCCCUCGAUGGGUACAUAUCCUCUCAUUUGUAGGGCUGCUUGCCCUCCUCUCCUCUCCUUUAAGUGUUGCAACCAAAGCCCAAGGAAGUGAAGGAACAAGUUCAUCCUAUGCAGAAACUCUGUUGUUAAACGACUCCAAUAUUGCGAAUAGAGUAAAAAGGGGCAAUGUAGUAGUAGUAGAGGAAAUGAAUGUUUUGAAAGCCAUGUGCACCCUCAACUUCUGGCUGUUGUUUGUGUCUAUGGUUUGUGGAAUGGGGUCGGGGCUCGCGACAGUAAACAACAUCAGCCAGAUAGGGGAAUCAUUCGGCUACACGGCGUCCCAGAGAAGCACUAUGGUUUCUCUGUGGAGCAUUUGGAACUUUCUAGGCCGUAUCGGCGCUGGGUAUGUAUCCGACAUUGCUUUGCUCAAAAGAGGCUGGCCGAGGCCGUUGUUCGUGGCCCUCUCCCUAGUAGCCAUGUCAGCUGGCCACGUCAUCAUAGCAUCCGGUUUCCCGGGAAAUUUGUACGUGGGGACCAUGCUAGCCGGGAUUUGUUAUGGCUCGCAAUGGUCAUUGAUGCCCACCAUAACUAAGGAGAUAUUCGGCGUCCUCCAUAUGGGCACUAUAUUCAACACCAUUGCCAUAGCCAGCCCGGUUGGAUCUUACGUGCUCUCGGUGAGAGUCAUUGGGUAUUUGUACGAUAGAGAAGCAUCAUCACGCGGGCACGAAAGUUCGUGCUUUGGGACUCGAUGCUUCAUGUUGUCAUAUUUCAUACUCGCUUCGGUGACGUUGUUUGGUUUCCUUGUUGCUCUCUCAUUGUUCAUAAGAACAAGGAGGUUCUAUUCCCAAGCUUUGUUGGGGGUAAGGUAAGUAUGUUUAUUUGUGCAUUACGAGCUAUGAAUGGUAAACAUUUCGCCGCCUUUUACGCAUUUGAUAAAAUAAUACGCCAUCCGUUCACAGAUUAACUUCCCGGUUACUAUGCUGGCCUCUCGAAUAACUUUGUUUAUUUGUGUGUUAUCAUUGAUAAUUUGAUAAAAUAAAAUAUUCGUGUCAAA